UCUUCACACAUAUAUAGAAAAAAAUAAUGGAGGGUGUGCUUCUAAACUCAGCAAACUAUGUUCCUUUAUCUCCUAUCAGCUUCUUAGAGAGGGCUGCCUUUGUAUAUGGUGAUGGCAUUUCAAUCAUGUAUGGAGCAACUACAUUUACAUGGAGAGAAACACGGACAAGAUGUGUCAAGCUCGCGUCGGCCUUAAAAUCUCUCGGAAUUAGUUCGGGUGAUGUUGUAGCAGUUGUUGCACCCAAUGUCCCAGCUCUCUACGAGCUCCAUUUUGGUGUUCCAAUGGUCGGGGCUGUCCUUUCGACACUAAACACAAAGCUCGACGAGCUCAAGUUGGCAUCGACUUUUGAACAAAUUGAGGCGAGGAUUGUGUUUGUGGAUUAUCAAUAUGUUGAAUCCACUCUGAAAGCAUUGACCUUGAUCAAAGUCAAAUUACCUAUUCUAGUUGUUAUCCCGGAACAUGAUCAAUGUUCGGAAACACCUCAAUUCUACGAAGAAUUUCCUAUAGGAACCUUGGAUUAUGACCAACUACUAUCCAUGGGAGACACGGAUUUUGAGGUAACCGGACCAAGUGAUGAAAAUUGUCCCAUUUCGAUAAAUUUCACAUCCGGAUCAACUGGAAAACCAAAAGGUGUUGUAUAUAGCCAUAGAGCCGCAUACUUGGCCUCGUUGGGUCAAAUUUUUCGCACUGGCUUGAGACCCGGAUCAACGUUCUUGUGGACCGUCGAUAUGUUUCGAUGCAACGGUUGGUGCUUUACUUGGUCCAUGGCAGCCCUAGGAGGCACCAACAUUUGCAUUAGAAGUGUGACUACCAAGGCCAUGCAUGAAGCAAUAUCACUUCACAAUAUCACAACAAUAUGCGGCCCACCUUCGAUCCUAAAAACAAUAGCUAAUUGUCCUUUCGAGCAACUUGCUACCCGUGUUGAUGUAUUCGUCGCAGGAUCACUACCGCCUACUCAUGUAGUAGAGAAAGUCAAGAACAUGGGAUUCAACCUAUGCCUUGCUUACGGAAUGUCGGAAGCUCUAGGUCCAGUAACAGCGGACAACCCUUUGAUAAACGGACCUCAUAGCGUAACCCUAGAAGGGAUCCACAACCUAAUGAUGGAAGGAGUUGACGUUAAAGAUUCGAAAACAAUGGUAAGUGUUCCGAGAGAUGGGAAAACCAUAGGUGAGGUGAUGUUUAAAGGCAACAUCAUGAUGUUGGGAUAUUUGAAAAACCAUGACCUAACUAAGAAGGCUUUUCAAGAUGGUUGGUACCAUACGGGAGAUCUUGGUAUCCGAAAACUAGAUGGCUCGAUAGAAAUGAAGGACCGGGCAUUGGAUAUAAUCAAUACCGAAGAAGGAACCGUGGUUUCGCUUGAGGUUGAGGCGGUAUUGGCUAACCAUCCGAGAAUUGAUAGUGUUGCCGUGAUAGGAAGGCCAACUGAAGUAGGAGGACAAAGACCGUGUGCGUUUGUGAAGUUGAAAGAGGGUUGGGAGUUGAGUGAAGAUGAAAUAAUAUCCUUUUGUAAGAAGGUAUUGCCCGAUUUUAAGGUGCCAACUACUAUAGUUUUCGGGGACUUACCUAUGAUUAAUGGUGCUAAGGUGCAAAAGUUUAUACUUAGGGACAGGGAUAGAAAAGAUGUGUUGUUUAGUAGCUGAUUAUUUAGGAACUAAGUAGAUGUGUUGUUUUCAUAGUUUUGAAACACGUC